AUGCAUAGGAGGAAUAAUCCAAGAUCAUUAGCUGAUCCGCACUACAUUAGAGGCACCCAAGAUGCCAAGCUCGUCUUGACGCAAAAAAAUCUUUAUGUCUCUGGGUGGCUCGUCGAUCCAUCUGAAGUUUCCGGAUCUGCACAGCUCAACGAUGUUGCUUGCCAAGCCUUCAUAGUCUUCGUUUCCAUUGAUGAGUUGUAUGGCUUUAGUAGAGUCGGACUCGAUGAUUACUUUUCUAUACCCGAGCUCCCAAGCUUUCUCGAUCCCAUUGUGCACUCCCCACAGCUCUGCUUCCAGGGGAUUGCAUCUGCCAAUCCAACUGGAGAAAGCUCCGAGGAAUGCCGCAUCCUUGUUGCGAAAGACCCCUCCACUAGUGGCGAUGUUUUGCUUGUCAACACACCCGUCGGUGUUAACUUUGAUCCAUCCUGGUUCUGGGGGAGUCCACGGUUGGUUCCUCCGAAUGUCUCUUCCUAUCCUUCUUCCCGGGCCUGCAUUUCUAUUAAGCACCGUUUCUGUCUCUUUGAACUUGCUUUGCAGCCAAUCGAUCUUGUCUUUGAUGUCCUUUUCUUCCCUGUUGAAAAUCACAUCGUUUCUCCACUUUCAUAUCCACCAAGCUGUCAUCGCGAACCUAGCGCUCUUCUGCUUUUGUCGUUGGCCUCCCUUGUUUCCUGCCAGACGCCACAACGCUCAUCCGGAGUGAAACCUUGUUUUUUUCCUUUCUGUGUUGCACAUGAUCCUCCCAUGCUUGACGAGCCACAUGAAAGAUCGUAUUCUGUUGGGCACUCGGAGUUUCCAAAUCUGUUUCCACCCUUCGCUAUUCCCCUCACCUUGCCCUUUCAAGGGUGGAGCGCAACAUCAAUCCGACUCCAGUCCCACGUACCUCUUGGAUUCCAUAAGUCAGCCACCCGUUGCUCUUCUGCGUUCUUGUUGAGGGGUCCUAUUAGCCACUUGCGGAGUGGCUCAUCGCCGACCCAUCGGUCAGUCCAGAACCGGGUGCCCCUCCCGUUUUUUACCACUCUUUUCACUCCACAUUCCAAGUUCGGGGCCGUGGCGUAGACUCCCUUCCAAAUGUUGGAGUCAUUCCUAUUUCUUUUGAUAUUCGCAAUGCUGGCACCAUUUUUCAUGUACUUACACGUCAUAACUUGGGCCCAGGUCGCAUUCUCUUCCUUGAUAAUACGCCACCCAAGCUUCGUUAGAAGUGCUAUGUUCAUGUUUCUCAUAGAUUUAAUCCCGAGUCCGCCUUCCGAUUUUGGUAAUGUAACCGUGUUCCAUUUGACUAGGCUGGUUCUUCUUGUGUUACCAUCCCCUCCCCACAAGAAAUUUCUUGUGCGUUUAUCAAUUUCGUCACACACUCUUUUUGGGAUGAGCAUGAUUUGCAUGACAUAGGAGGAAAUUGCAUUGAGUACUUCUUGUAAGAGAAACUUGUCUCCCUGCGAGUGAAAGGAAACGCGUUUUCCACCCCUCCAGUAUACUUUGAACCCGAUCCAAGAUAUUCUUGCAGUGGUCCUUCGUAACUCUCCCAUGUAGCGAUGGGACUCCAUGAUAUCUCCCUAGGUCGGUCGUCCUGGGAAUACCUGCCAUACUCGCCAGCUUCUCCGCUUUCUCGCUACACACGUUGCUGGAAAAAAAAUGUUAGACUUUAAUUUAUUGACUCGUUGUCCAGAGAACUUACAGAACAUGUCGAGGCAAUUCAUGAUAUUGCUUAUUUGGUCCUCUUCCGCUUCCGCGAAAAGCACCAUGUCAUCCGCAAAGAACAAGUGUGAGAUGGUUGGCCUAUUCUUUGAAGCCUUGAUUCCUUUCCAGCGUCCUUGAGCCACCGAGUUCGCAAUUAAAUGACCCAGGCGUUCGAUACAAAACACAAAAAGGUACGGGGAAAUUGAGUCCCCUGCCGGACUCUUCUUUCGGGCUUGAAUCUGUCGAGCUUUCUUCCCUCCCAUUGUAUGGACAUCCUUGCGGUUUCCACGCAAUGCAUGAUGUUUCUGACCCAGUCGUUGUUGAAGCCGACCUCUCUCAGAGUUGAGCGAAUAAAUCUCCAAUCCAAGCGAUCAUAAGCUUUUUCAAGAUCGAUCUUUAAAACCAUGUAUCCUGUUCGGCCUCUCUCGGUUUUAAUGCUAUGGAGGAGUUCCUGGUAGAUCACUAUGUUGUCCGUGAUUUGCCUUUCAGGCAUGAAGCUGCUUUGAUUAGGGCAGACAAGAUUUGCCAUGAUGCUUUUCAACCUGUUUGUCAUCACUUUUGUGACCAGCUUGUAGGCCACAUUACAAAGACUUAUUGGUCUAAACUGCGCUAGGCUUUCUGGAUUUUGUACUUUCGGGAUCAGGACGAUGUUGGUUUCGUUCAGACCGCUUGGGAGGUUGCCCUCGGCGAUGAAGUCCACAACCAACUUGUGCAUGCACUCCCCCACUAUAUCCCAGGACUUCUGGUAGAACAUUGCGUGAAAGCCAUCAGGGCCCGGCGCUUUAAGCGGUGCCAUGGCCUUGAGGGCCUCGUGUACCUCAUCCUUCGUAAUAUCUCUAUUGAUAAAAUUCCAUUUCUCUUCCGCAAUGGUAGGGAACAUACUGAAAAGGUUGUCUGCUUCGUCUGGGACAUUCUCCUUUGUGUACAACUGCUUAUAAUACUCUUGGACCAUGCUCUCAACUUGGUCUCUGUCCUGAAUCCAUUCGUUCUGUUCGUUCUUUAGCCCAUGAAUCUUGCUUCUCGAGCGGCGAACCAUGGUUGCAGCGUGAUAAAACUUAGUGUUGCGGUAACCCAAUAGAAUCCAUUCCUCCUUAGAUUUCUGGAACCACUUUAACUCCUCCUGAUGAAGGACUUCGUCGAGAUCAGCCCUCAGAUUCCUUUCCAAGCGUAGAAGACCGUUGUGCGGUUGUUCUUCCAUUUUCCUUUGAAUUCCCUCGAUUCUCGCCAAAAGCCGUCUUUUCCUUUUUUCAAUACUCCCAAACUCGUUUCGACUCCAGUCCACACAACGGCUUAACAUGGUAGAAAUAUUCUCCAUUAAGGGUUUGUUUAAAUUCCAGUUAUGACUCACCAUUUCUUGGAAACCAGGGUGGCGGCUCCAGGCAGCUUGGAACUGGAAAACAUAAUUCUUGGUCUACUCCUCUACGUUUCCCACUUCGACGAGAAGGGGAGAAUGGUCGGAGCAAAUCCUCGUUAGGUGAGUCACCUUUGUUGUCGGAUAUUGCGUGAUCCAUUCCAUUUUGCAUAGAGCUCUAUCAAGCCUUGCGCCGGUGAAGGUAGCGUUAUCCCUUCCUCUCGUCCAAGUAUACCUGGCACCAAAAAAGCCAAUGUCAAUUAAUCCUUCUUUAAAUAUCCAGUUUCUCAUACCUGUGCAUCUGUGAGCGUGGAAUUUAUCCUUGUUGCUCACGUCCUCCAUGCUCGUCACCGCAUUAUAAUCGCCGACCGUGAGCCAUUCUGCAUGAAGAGGUAAUUUGUCGUUUGAGAGAUUUUCCCAAAGCUUGCUUCUGAGGUUGUUCGCUGGACUACCGUAGACGAAGGACACCAGUCCUAGUCUCUCAUCUCCCUUGGUUAUUCUGGUAAGAAUAAAUUGCGGAUUCGUGGCGAUAAUCUCCACGUUAACAUUAUUUUUCCAAAGAACCCAAAUUCCCCCACUGAACCCAACAGCUUCGACUCUAACCCAAUUAUCAAAACCGAAACUUUUACAGACUUUGUCCGCGACGUUGCCUGAGAUUCGCGAUUCCAUGAGGCCGACCACGUCAGCCUUAACUUUAUUCAUAAGCAAAAGAAGAGCGCGUCUAAACUCUUUGGACGCGGCUCCUUGACAGUUCUAGUUGAGAAUCUUCAUUAAGAAAUCAUGACAGCAGAGACCAAGGAAAAAAAAAAAAAAAAAAAAAAAAACAACAAC